UCAAACAAGCAGCCUUUAUAACAAAAUUGCUUUUGAGUGAAUAUAAAACUUGGACAUUCUUCGCCGGAAAAUUUUCAGUAGGCUUUUAAGUCUAGCAAAUAUUAAAAUAGGGCAACCCUACAAAAAUAUUCAAUAUUUUACUUCUCACUUAACUGCAUUUAAUAAAACUUUUCAAAGGCUUCGCUAUGGCGUCACAUCAGUACCACCAAAUUGCGAAUCUGCUGGAAAAAAUGACGUCGACGGACAAGGAUUUCCGUUUUAUGGCAACAAACGAUCUGAUGACGGAGCUACAGAAAGACAGCAUUAUUCUGGACGACGAGUCGGAGAAAAAGGUUGUGCGAAUGGUGCUUAAACUGCUGGAGGAUAAGAACGGCGAGGUCCAGAAUUUGGCUGUAAAAUGUUUGGGUCCGCUGGUCAACAAGGUAAAGGAAAUCCAGGUGGAGACUAUUGUGGAUUCCCUAUGCGCCAACAUGAUGUCGAACACGGAGCAGCUACGGGAUAUCUCGAGUAUUGGCUUAAAGACAGUGAUUGCCGAAUUGCCCCAGUCAUCGAACUCUCUGGCCCCAAAUGUGUGCCAGAGGAUCACGGGAAAACUAAGCACGGCCAUUGAAAAGGAGGAUGUCUCUGUAAAACUGGAGUCGCUUGACAUUCUGGCCGACUUGCUUUCCCGUUUUGGAGAGUUUCUGGUUCCCUUUCACAGCACUAUCCUGAAGGCUUUAAUGCCUCAGUUGGCCUCCUCGCGACAGGCUGUUCGCAAGCGCACUAUCGUAGCUCUCUCCUUUUUGCUAAUUCAGGCCAACAGCAACGCCUACAACGGCGUAAUCGAUCAUCUGCUCGAUGGUCUAGAGAACCCACCAAAUCCAGCUGCCAUUCGAACCUAUAUUCAAUGCCUGGCUUCAAUAUGUCGACAGGCUGGCCAUCGGCUAUGUAAUCAUAUUGAUCGAUCUAUGCUGUUGUUGAGCCAGUACAGUCAACGAGACGAUGAUGAAUUGCGCGAGUUUUGUCUGCAAGCCUGCGAGGCAUUCGUUAUGCGCUGCCCAGAUGCCAUUAAUCCGCACAUUCCCAUGAUUCUUGAACUGUGCCUGAAAUAUAUCACCUACGACCCGAACUACAACUAUGAAACCGAUGAUGGCGAUACUGGCAAUGCCAUGGACACGGAGGACGACGAGUACGUGGACAGUGAGGAGUACAGCGAUGAUGAUGACAUGAGCUGGAAAGUUCGUCGCGCUGCGGCCAAGUGCUUGGAGGUUUUAAUUUCCACACGCCAGGAGCUUAUCGAGGACUUCUAUCGCAGCUUGAGCCCGGCUUUGAUUGCUCGAUUCAAGGAGCGCGAGGAGAAUGUUAAAUCCGACAUAUUCCAUGCCUAUGUGGCUUUGCUGAAGAACACUCGCCUCAGCGACGACGUAGCCAACGACCCUGAUUCCAUGGAUCAGGUUUCGGGGCCGACGUCAUUGCUAAUUGAACAGCUUCCGCUUAUCGUAAAAGCCAUACAGCCGCUAAUGCGGGAAAAAUCGAUGAAAACGCGUCAAGACUGCUUCCUCUUACUGCGUGAGCUGUUGAACUCGCUGCCAGGCGCCUUGGGACCUUAUUUGGAAAGUAUUGUGCCGGGCAUAAGCUAUUCACUGAAUGACAAAAGCUCAACCAGCAACAUGAAGAUCGAGUCUCUAGGAUUCUUGUACUCGCUGCUGCAGGGACAUCCGCCGCAUGCUUUUCAUCCACACAUACCCUCACUAGUGCCCCUUGUAGUGACUUCGGUGUUCGAUCCGUUUUAUAAGAUCGCCACAGAGGCUCUGCUGGUGCUGCAACAGUUGGUCAAGGUUAUUCGGCCAUUGGAGGGUAGUGCUGCCAAGUCCGACUUCGAUGCUCCCUCUUUCGUAGGACCGGUUUACUCGUGCACCUUGCAGAAACUGAAGGUAACGGAUGUCGACCAGGAGGUCAAGGAACGAGCCAUUGCCUGUAUGGGUCAGAUCAUUGCCAACAUGGGCGACAUGCUGCAGAACGAACUGGCCGUUUGCCUGCCCAUCUUCAUGGAGCGCCUGAAGAACGAAGUAACCAGGCUAAGCAGCGUAAAGGCAUUGACCCUAAUCGCAGCUUCAUCCCUGCGCAUUGACUUGACUCCCAUUCUGCAUGACGUGCUACCCGCUUUGGGCACAUUCCUGCGUAAGAACCACCGCGCCCUGAAGCUGCACUCUCUCGAUCUGAUUAACAAGAUUGUGAUAAACUAUUCGAGCAACUUCGAGGCAAAUCUCUUGCAGACUGCCAUUGUUGAGAUUCCACCUCUAAUAUCGGAUUCGGACUUGCACGUCGCACAGUAUUCGCUGACCUUGCUAAGUACUGUAGCUCGCAGGCAGCCCCAAGCUUUGGUCGGCAUCCAUGACCAGUUCCUGCGUUCCGUACUGAUUUUGGUUCGUUCUCCAUUGCUGCAGGGAUCUGCAUUGAAUUGCACUUUGGAGCUGUUCCAGGCCUUGGUGCAAACUCAGCUGACCGGACUGGACUAUCAUUCGCUGGUCUCGAAGCUAAUGGCCCCCGUUCUGGGUGGCAACGGCGAUGCAAACUCUAGAGCCACCCCAGGGGCACCCAGUGAGGUGGUGCAGUUGCACAAGCAGGCGUACCAUUCGUCGGCCAAGUGCAUUGCGGCUCUCACUCAACAGUGUCCCCAGGUUGCGACCCCGUUGGCCACCAAACUGAUCACGGAUCUGCAGAAGCGCAAUGACACCGAGAUUAUCUUCUGCUUACUCACUAUCGGCGAGAUAGGUAGGCACUUCGAUCUGAGCACGAUACAGGUGCUGCCGCAGACAAUUAUUGAAUGCUUUGGUGCCACAUCGGAGGAUGUAAAAGCGGCCGCUUCGCAUGCCCUCGGGGCUGUGUCCGUGGGCAGCCUGCAAACAUACCUUCCUCUGAUCCUGAACGAGAUUGAGGUGCAGCCAAAGCGACAGUAUUUGCUACUGCAUUCGCUGAAGGAGGUAAUUUCGUCACUGUCUGUUUCGCCCAGCGGACUGGCUCAGUUGCUGCCCUCGGUGCCAUCCAUUUGGAGCCAGCUCUUCAAGCACUGCGAGUGCUCCGAGGAGGGAUCCCGCAACGUGGUGGCCGAGUGCCUGGGAAAACUUGUGCUGGUCAAUCCCGACGAGCUUUUACCGCAGCUGCAGCAGGCUUUGCGUUCGGAGAGCGCCACCAUGCGUACCGUGGUGGUCUCCUCCGUGAAGUUCACCAUCUCCGAUCAGCCCCAACCGAUCGAUGUGCUGCUCAAGCAGAAUAUUGGAGAGUUUUUGUUUGCUCUGCGUGAUCCGGAGCCACAAGUGCGUCGAGUCGCCCUCGUGGCCUUCAACUCGGCGGUCCACAACAAACCGAGCUUGGUCCGCGAUUUACUGCCCACCCUGUUGCCAUGGCUUUACUCAGAGACGAAGGUAAAGAGCGAACUGAUCAGGGAGGUGGAGAUGGGUCCCUUCAAACACACCGUUGACGACGGUCUCGAUAUUCGCAAAGCGGCAUUUGAGUGCAUGUACACACUACUCGAGCAGGGCUUGGAUCGUGUGGAUGUCAUGCAGUUUUUGGACCACGUGCAGGCUGGUCUCUGCGACCACUACGACAUCAAGAUGCUGACGUACCUAAUGACGGCUCGUUUGGCUACCUUGUGUCCGGAUAAGGUUCUUCUAAGACUCGAUCAAUUUAUACAGCAACUACGUGAUACGUGCACCCACAAGGUGAAGGCAAAUUCUGUUAAACAGGAGUACGAAAAGCAGGACGAACUAAAGCGUUCCGCUCUUCGUGCAGUUUCGGCCCUUUCGCAAAUACCCAAAGCAAACAAAAAUCAGCAGUUAGUGGAUUUCCUCAAGUCGAUCAAGGAAACACCCGAACUGAGCAAGAUCUACGAUUACAUUCAGAAGGAUUCCAUCACCGGGAGCUCAGAUAUUAUCGUAAUGGAUCAAAGCUAAAAGGGAAACUUGUUUUUCUGAUUCCUUUACUUAAUUAAGAAUAUGCGUGUGCGCACAAACAAGUAUCUCUUUUCUGAUAUAGCUUUUAGAUUUUCUAAUAAGAAAUAAAUGCAGAUCGACUUGAA